AAGUUUAUCCAGUAACUAGCAUCUUUGCCCUCAAAUCUAAUCAAAUACAUUCCUUACUGCGAUGAGAACGUCAUCCCGGUGGGACAGACGGGGGGUCAAAAGUCAUGUUAACUAUUUUCAAUAGCACAUACCUUAUCAAAGGCUCAAUUCAAUGGGGUAACUUUUACAAAUGUAUAGGACGCCCCCCUGUUUCUAUAUCCUAGUCUUAGAGAGCCAUCUCCCUCUAGAUCUGACGACCGCUGACAUGUUGAAUAAUAUAUCCGCUUAACCAAUCAUCCAACGCGGAAGUUAUGCUAAAUUUAGAAACCCAAGUCAAGUACUUAAUGUUGUCACAUCUAUCUAGACGUGGAUGGAUCGCAAAUUGUUUGUCUGGUUGCAUGUAUUGACUUUUAACGCAGAUCGAGAAUAUUGUCAGAGACCAGUUCACUAAAAUGGCGGAGUAUGAAGACCCCUUGGAAAUCCUGAUUCGAAACCGUUUUCAUCUAGUUCAGCACUUACAAGUCGAACGUCCAUUGUUAAUGGAAUAUCUACUAAGCAAGAGCGUCUUUGAUAGAAAUGACUACGACCUGGUCCGCUCGGAGAAGACACGAGAGCAAAAAGCUUGUAAGGUGCUGGAUAUCAUCGAAACUAAAGGAGAAAAUGGCUUCAAGCAUUUUAAAGAUGUCUUACAGCUUAUCAACCCGAAUCUUUACGAGACAUUGACUGGAGAAAAGGCUACAUAUCGAGACAGCCCCAUCCUAGAUACAAUGGGACUCAGUGA